AUGCCGAUCCUGAAGCAGCUCGUGUCUGGCUCGUCCCAGGCCAAACGCCGCAACCGCGUGGACCUGACCCGCGAGAUGAUCAGCGCGCCUUUGGGGGACUUCCGCCACACCAUGCACGUGGGCCGCAGCGGCGACGCCUUCGGAGACACCUCGUUCCUCAGCACCCGCUCUGGGGAACCUCCCUCAGAGACCACCUCCUUCCCCCGCUCCCCCCGUCCCGGCCUGCUGUCCCGGACCUUCAAGAGCAGCAAAAGAUCGCAGUCCGUGACCAGGGUGGACGACGCGCUGGACGGGUCGCCUACUUAUGUCAAGAACGCCAUGUCUUUGCCCUUCCUCAACGACCAAGACGGGGGCAACAGCACCGGGCCCACGAGUCUCGCCUGUAGUCCGGCAAAACCACAAAUGGAUGAUGGGGGGGCCGCGGCUGCAAACUAUUUUGUGGAAAUUCAAGAACGCAACUUCGGAGAGUUGACCGAACUUCCAGAAACCCCCCAGCACUUUGGAGGUGGGAUGAAGCACGCCGAAUCAGUGAUGUCCUUCCACUUGGACCUGGGCCCGUCCAUGCUGGGUGACAUUCUGGGUGUCAUGGAUAAUCAAGAAGACGAUUUAGGAUACGAGGAAGGCAAGAGCAGCGAAGGCCACGGUUCGCCUCCACUUAGCCACCACGGGGAGGAGGAAAGCCCAGAGCGAGGGGGGGAUGGAGUGGAUGAGAUGAUGGCAGAGGAACAAGGAGGCGGCGGUUUGCAGUUGACGCGCACAAGCAACGCCUUUGAUCUGGGGCCAGAGCACGGCGGGCCCUACACGCCAGAGUACACUCCGGAGACACGGCCCAAACACCUGCAACAUCUGGACAGCUGCUCCAUGUCCAGCUCCAGCUCCGCCGCUCUGGACGACAAGCAAAUGAGCCAAGCGUACACGGGCGACACGGACAGCGCCACCUUCAGCGCGCCGCCAGAAGAGGAGAGCAACUUUUCCUCCUUUAUGGAAGAUGAAGACGAUGAGAUAAGAGUAUGA